AUGGGAGUACACAAUUUAUGGGAUCUUUUAUCAGCAACAGCUUUGCCGUUGAGAGUAGAGUCUCUAUUUGGUAAGGUUUGCGCAAUUGAUGGAAGUUUUUGGAUCAGCCACUGCCUAGCCUCAGAAUCUAACAUGAGGCAUGGAGGAGAUAUAGUUGCUGUGUUCUUCUUAAGGAUUUGUUACCUUCUAGACAGGGGAAUUAAGCCCGUUUUCGUGUUUGACGGCUGUUCUCCAUUUGCUAAAAUGAAGACUCUUCUUAGGCGAAAAAUAGCCAGAGAAAAAUGCGAAACAAAUCACAAAUUGCUCGCAUAUAAGCUCCUUGCCCUACAAAUGAAAAACUCGACCAGGCAUAAUAAACCAAGCACCCCUGAUGAAGCUAGACUUCCUUCUGAACCUCCCAAAAUUAUUUUUGGUGGUAAUAAUGCUUCUGUUCCUGAUUCUGUGCACGUGGUUUCCUCCGACGUUCGUGUUGAUGAGGAUCUUAAUCCCGACACAGAUUCGGUAAAAAAUGGGUUUGACCUCUAUUUAACCGAUGAAAACGCAGAAAAGGAAACCAUUCCAAACUAUGAUGAACUCUUAGAACUUUUUCCAGAUGAUUCUUCGGAUCUUACGCCUAAAUCAGUUCUCUUCUCAAAUGACACUUCAGACUAUUACAGUAAACUAGGCUUGGGUGGUGACUCUAACUAUGAACAUGAGAUUUUAGCGAUUAAGAACGCUGAAUCCUUAUCAAAUAAGUCUAAAUACGUCCUCAUGAAUGACGUUAGAGAUAGAUUUAUCCAGGACGACAGGGACGAAUCGAUAAGGCUUAAGGACGAUAUUGACGAGUAUUCGAGCUACCAGAUCAAAUCUUACAUUAGAGGCGUUAAAAUUAAUAAUGAAAUUGAAAGUUUUAAGGCAGAAGUGACUAAGGAUAUGCUAAACAUAGAACAACUUCCAACUGAAGCAAAUAUAGGCUAUAGUUACAACACAAAGCUUGGUCUUGAUAUCUGUAACUAUAACGUAUAUUUUGACCGAAAAGUAAUGAAUAAUCUUGAUUCAGAAUUUGACUAUUCAAUUAAAACAGAGCCAAAUGAAGAAAUUGAAUGCUUUAACUAUAAGCCUAAGGAACUCGUUGACAAGACGUUAUUUGAAACUGACGAUGAUAUUUUUGGUAAGGAACUGAUGGAUGAGAUUAACGUAAAAUCCUCAGAACCUUCACAAAAUUCCAUUAAACAAGUUGAUUUUAACGCUUCAGAACAUAAAACUCCAGUUAAACGUGUUCAAAAUAAUUUAUCGCCAAUUGAUAUAACAAGCUCACCUGAGAAAAUCAAAUCAGAUUCUAAAGUUAUGGACAAAUCACACAAUAAUUAUUUUUUAGCUGUUUACAGUAAAUAUUUUAAAGAUUUACAGCUAAAAGAUGAUAAAGAUUUAGAACCUAAAAUAGAGGAUAAAGUAUUGGAGAUUAAGCCUACAGAGGAAAAGGAAGUUGAUGAGGAUGUGAGUGAAUCUGAAGAUGAUGAGUAUGUUACAGAGAGUUCAAAGCUAGUUGGUCAUGAGUAUACACAGCCACAAUCAGUAUCAGUAACUCAUAAAAACCCAUAUUACGAUGAUGUUCACAAGUUGCUAGAACACUUUGGAGUGCCAUACAUAGUGGCUCCAUCAGAGGCUGAGUCUCAGUGUGCAUACAUGAACAGGAGUGGGAAGUGUUACGCAGUGAUCUCAGACGACUCGGACUCCCUGGUGUUUGGAGCAAAGUGUCUGUUGAAGAAUUUCUACAACGAUAAGGUGUUUGAGCUGUAUACUCUGGAUAGGAUCAGGAGAGAGUUGGGGAUUGGGAGAAAACAGCUGGCGUUAAUAGCAAUCAUUUGUGGAUGUGACUACACAACCGGGGUUAAAGGCAUAGGAAUUGUUAAUGCCCUGGAAGUUAUUAAAGCAUAUCCAACGUUUGAUGAUCUCUACGACUUUAGGGACUGGGCAACUAAUGACUGUAAUUUAAAGAGUGCAGUAGCGGAUGAAUGCCCUAUUAGGAAAUCUUAUAAAAUAGCACAUAUAAAUUACAGAGUUAAUUGGACCUUUAGCCCUGAUUUCCCAAAUAGAGAAGCCUAUAACAUGUUCCUAAACCCGUCAGUUACUGACAACUAUAAGCUACAGUGGAGUCAACCGAAGAUGGAGUCAUUGACAAGUUUUAUGGAUAGAAGGUCAGUUUUACCUCUGGAUCAAGUUAAAGAGUGUUUGAAGAUUCUAUCAAUAAGGAAAUCGCAGCAGUUUAUCAUGGAGGAUAUUAUGCCCGAAAUUAGGGCGAAACCAUUUGUAAAGAGUGCACUAAAGAAUUACAGGAAAACACUAAACACUAAUUUGUCAGCGUUUAGGAAGGUAGUUUCAGAUAUCAGAAGCAAGUCUAAGUUCAAUAUUAACACGAAUAUGGUUUAUGAACGCAACCACACAUUGUCGAAAAUCAGAUCAAAAAGAAUGAAAGAUUCAAUCAAAGUAAUCAGAAGGCGAGGUUGUAAGAAUUAUUUUAAUGAUUAA